CAAUAGCGAGCUAGCUAGCUCCAUCCAUUCGAUCCGAGCUACGAAUUCGGCGGCUGAAAAAAAUAAGUCAUAAUACAAGGAUUAAUAUUGCAGGAUGGCAAAAAGUACGAAGAAGUCGACCAAACGUGAGAAAAAUGCAGGAGGAGAUGAUGGUGAGUCUUCUCCAUCUAAGAAGUUCAAGCCAUCAAGACGAGUUCCUCUCUGCUGGCAGUGGGAAGGAGACAAGGGCAUAUGGACAGCCUGUGCUGCAGAACUCACUAAAGCUAUCAACGACAGUCUUGAUGGAGAUGGUCAGAAUGUAAAGUUUGAAGCAGCUGGAAAGACACUAGAAGUUAAACUGGAUAGAAUGGUUCAAAGGAACUGUACCACUGGAUGGGAAAGGAGAAUAAGAUGCUGUAUUCAAGAUGGAAAUCAAUAUUUUGUGUGGCAAUGGAAAGAUGAAAAGAGGCGUUGGAAUGCCUACAGUCCAUCAGAAUCCAUCGCACUAGAAAAUGGACGUCAAAACAGUGAUGACACAGUCUCCUUGAUAAUUGCUGGAAGGAGUUAUACAAUCAAUCUGAAUGACAUGGAACAAUGUAAUGAUGAUACAGAUGUGGUUAGGGAGAUCCAAAGACUAAAAACAGAACACAAUCCACCAAGUUCAUCCAUCAAACUUGUAAAAGAAUCAACAAAUGGUGUAGAGAAGAAGACAAAGAGUGGUAGAAAGGUCAAGAAUGAACCAAAGGUGGAAGAGGAAGAGGAACAGAUGGAGGAGGAGCAAGAAGAACAACCAAGUACAUCAAAAGCCAAACCAAAGACAAAGUCAGGAAGAUGGAAUGAAGGUGUGAAGACAGUGAGGAUCACUGGUAAUAGACCUCCUGUAGAUAGUGAAUGUGUUCAGAUGUCUGGUAAAGCACAGGUUUAUAUGGAUGCUACCUCAGCAAUGUAUGAUGCCAUGCUUAAUCAGACUAAUUUGAAGAACAACAACAACAAAUAUUAUGUGAUACAGCUUCUGGAGGAGACGAGUAGGAAAUGGUACCAUGUUUGGUUCCGAUGGGGUAGAGUUGGACACAAAGGUCAGAACAACCUUGUCAACUGUGGAACUGAUCUUGAAAAAGCAAAGUCUACAUUUGAGCAGAAGUUUUGGGACAAGACUAAAAAUGAAUGGAUGAAUAAAGAUAGCUUUGUGAAGGUAGCAGGGAAAUAUGAUCUACUCAAGAUGGAUUAUGAUAUCAAGGACAAUGAGACAGAAUCAUCAGGUGAUGCAAAGAAAGCCAAGCCAACAGUUCCUUCAAAGCUUGACAUCCGAGUACAGAACCUUGUAAGUUUGAUCUGCAAUGUUAAGGCAAUGGAGGAUAUGGUUAUUGAGAUGAAAUAUGAUACUCAGAAAGCUCCACUGGGUAAACUGACUGUUGACCAGAUAAAGGCUGGUUACCUGGCUCUUAAACAGAUUGAGAAAUGUAUAGAAGGUGGUAUCAUCGGUGAUAAACUAAUCCAGGCUUGUGAUGCAUUCUACACCAGAAUUCCACAUAAUUUUGGCAUGCAGCGGCCUCCAGUGAUCCGAACAAAGAAUGAGUUGAAAGCCAAGCUUGCCUUGAUUGAAGCAUUGAGUGAUAUUCAGGUUGCUCUAACGGUUCUUAAAUCAGAGAAGAAUGAAGAUGAACAUCCUAUCGACCAACAAUAUCAUUCACUCAAAUGUCAAAUGAAACCAAUUGAUAAGAAGUCAGAAAUAUUCAAGUUAAUCCAAAGCUAUGUGUUGAACACCCAUGCCAAGACCCACAAUCAGUACACAAUGACUGUAGACGAGGUCUUUGAUCUGGAGAAAGAAGGCGAGAAAUCUCGCUUCAAGGAUGUUGGAAACAGGAUGCUGUUGUGGCAUGGCUCUCGUAUAACAAACUGGGCCGGUAUAUUGGGUCAAGGACUACGUAUUGCUCCUCCUGAAGCGCCAGUAACAGGAUACAUGUUUGGUAAAGGAGUUUACUUUGCUGAUAUGUCAUCCAAGUCUGCUAAUUAUUGUUUUGCUACAAGGACGAAUCCUAAUGGAUUGUUAACACUCUGUGAGGUUGCCCUUGGCUCUGAGAAUGAGCUUUUAGCAGCGGACUACAAUGCAGAUGCUUUACCACCUAAUAAACAGAGUGUAAAGGGAUUAGGACGUAUAGCACCAGACCCAAAGAAAAGCUUCACAAUGGAGGAUGGUACAGUAAUACCUCUUGGAAAAGGUAUCGACACCAAGGUAGUCAACCCCAACGGCUAUACUCUUAACUACAAUGAAUACGUUGUCUACAACACCAAUCAGAUCCGUAUGCGCUACCUUGUCAAACUCAAAUUUAACUUCAAGUGAAACCUAAGAAUAAGAUAGACUGUGAUUGUACCACCAUAGCUCUUUGUGAAUUUGAUCCAGUUGGAUAUUGCUUAUAGUGAGAUGCAGUGUCCUGAGCCUAGCUCUUAGACUUUGGAACUGGACAACAUCUAUCUAAGAAAUGACUGCCUUGUAGAAAGAGACCCUUUGCAGAGGUGCCAUCUAGUACUGAUUUUCAGUAUUUAGUACUGAAAAAUGAGAAGAAUACUGAUGGUUUCAUGCAAAAUACUGAUUUCUAAGUUUCAGUUUUAUGUGUUGCCCUAUGGUAUUUCUUCGGAAAUACUUAUUUCCUCACCAAAAUACUGAUUUUCUACUUUUAAAAUACUGAAAUGCUCUUGUUCAAGUUGGCAGCUCUGCUGUUGUAUCUACAUGCUUACUGGGACCUCAUUGCCAUGGUGAUGAGAUGCCUGCAGGGCUUAAAGUAAUCCAAGACCAUAGAAGACCAUGGCCAUUGAUACUAUAUCCAUUGGCCCCAAUGCCCAUUUCUCUGGCCUUGCAAAUUUUAAGCCUUUUUUUUCUUUGUCUUUUUUCUGUUUGUGUUAAUAGAAAUAAGCCAGAUGUACAAAUUCGGUUUUCCCUAAAAAUUUAAAGAAUAUAAAGCCUGUGCCUGGCAUGGAGGGGUUUAUUAUUGUCUAAUAACAUGCCCAAUAUUAAAUAUGUUUGAAUGGCAUUUUAAAUGAAAUCCAUGACUGAUAACCAUCAUACACAGUUCAAGUCAAUAUGCGUUUGUGUUAACAACAAAGAGUUUAAAUGUAUUAUUACAUUCAAAUUUGUUCAAAGCCAUAGUGGUAGACAUCAUGUUCAUGAUUGUACUUUUACCCAGGUCUUUAGUAUUGGUAUUUCAUCGAGAGAAAAAUACAUCUGUAUGUUUCAUAUACACUACAGCAUUUGUGAAAGUUGAUAUGAUUUAUUCCACGAAAAGUGAAUGUACUUAAUCAAGUAUUUUCAUCAAUGAGAUAAAAUCUAUGACUGUAUGACAGUUGAUUUCAUAGCCCACUCUAGCUUUCAUUAAGCUUUUAGGUCACAAAAAAUGGUAUGUCAUCGAAUUAUCCUGGUAUAUAUCCUUAAAGAGCUUAUGUGUGAAAGUAACUACAUACGCAAAUCUGAGAUAAACUUAAGACCAAUCUCUUUCUUCAACAUUGUUAAACCUUAAUCACUUUUAUUCAUCUACAGCUAAUUACAGUCUAAAUAGAUAUGAAAUUUCAAGGUGAAUGGCACAUGUGUGGAUUUAGUCUAUUUGAUAAGGAGUAAUAAAAUCAGAGAGCUUUGUUACAAUUAUAGAAAAGGUUCCAAGGGAAGAGUUUUAUAGUUUGUUAGCAAACUUUAGGAUGAUUAUAUUAUGUGAGAUCAUCAUACACGUUGGCAAUCCUUGUUUUAAUUCAAGGUAUUGAGAAUUAAUGAUAUUAUGAAAAUAUGGUAUUAUCAGGCCCAAACAACUUAUUUUUCAGCCAUUAAUUUUGUACACAUUUAAAUGUGAAUAAAAUGUCUCAUUCUAGAUGAUUUUCUGGCUUUCAUAGCAAUUGCAAGUGACAUCUUUGAUAAAUCGUAAACUAAUUCAAAGUUAAUAAUGUACUGCAUCAAGCAAAGCCUAAAAACAUACAAUUACAAAGAAAAAUAUUAAGCCUAAAAUUAUUUGUUGGAAGUUAUUUUGGUAUGUCUAUAAAUGUUUUACCAAACUGAAUCUCAUGUAAUGAUAUUCUUAUUGUCAAAUAUAAUGUAACUUAUGCACAGAAUACAUGCAAUUUUCUAAAGAUAUAUUCUAUUUCUUUGUCGCUGAAGUUGAUAAACAAUUGAAAAAUGUUGUUUGUGACCAAAUAUGAAUGUGUUCUUUACAGAUAUAAUCGUUGUUUUGUAGCAACUGGAGUAUAAAUCCACUUGUUAGUCUGACAUGCAGCUGAAAUAAAAAAAAAUUAAAGAUGAAGAGAAGAAUGAAAUUUUCAAUCCUUAUUUGAAAUAACUUCUAAUGUUAAUUGGUAAGUUCUGUUCCCUUUAAAUAUUUUAUGCUUCAAAUAUUUUACAAUUAAACAACAUUCCAGUACUCUUGUGACUGCAAAAUUUCAAGAUAAUAAUUUACUGCACUUGCAUAAUAGUUAGGACUGAUGAGUCAAUUGAAGUGAACUGUGCCAUACUACAUGGUUGACAAUAUUGCUUUUUAUUGCCAAAAUAUUUUUUCUGAGAGUCACACAUAUCUAUAUGAUGGAUAUAAAAUGUACCUUAUGUACACAGUUAUAACUGGUACAGUCUUAAAAAGAGUUGAUUGAAAAAUCAAGCAAUAUGUUUUUGAUAUGUGUGAAGUAUGAUGGGUAGUCAUGCAGGCUUAGAAAUAGUUGUGCAGUCUUUCAUAUUUUACCAUACAGUGUUACUAGUAAGUGUUAAGUUUUGACAUGUUACAUUCUCUUUCAAUCCUGUUAUCAAGAAAUUUGGUGAAAUGUUUCAUCAGUAAAAGUGAACAUUUUGGAUGAUCAGGCUGAUCUGCUAACAGCUAAAAUGGAAUUUAAUGGAAAUCAUUUUUUAUGAUAUCUAUUCUGUUUGUUCCAUUGCUUCGAAAAUUGAGUCUAGAACUUUUGUUGUUUUCAAGUUAAUGGGUUUUUUUACAUUUAUGUACUGUGAAAAUCACUCUACUUUUGUAUCUGCCUUUUCCUCUUUACUUUAAAAUCCUAUGCACUAAAAGUGCAUAUCCUUAACAAUUUUUAUCUUCAAAUUAAUUUCUCUGUCCUAGUUAUGGACAAAUGGGUGUGUCCUGAAAGUUCCAUGACAUUUGUUUCUCUGACAAUUGCUCCAUUGUAAAUUCCACACAUUUAAAAAAGUAUAUAUAUUUCGAAGUUUUUAUUCAAUUUCAUAAUUUUAUUACAUAACCAAAACAAUAAAAGUAAAUCACUACAGUCAAAAGUCAAUUCCACACAUUAAUGGAAUGACCAACUUCACCCCUAGAUUUAACACAUGCGCUAUCCUAAAAUUAAGUCUAACAUAAAACCCUAUUGCAAGCCCGGAGCAAUUGUCGCCGGAGCACUGGCCUGAAAACUGAAAGUUUGCAUACACCUGUGAAAUUCCACAAUGUUUUCUUGACAAACAUCAAAGAUCUAGUAGAAGUAGAUCAACUCUGGUCUAACCAUGGCCAUUUAUUUUGCUACAUUUUUUUUACCUUUGCAUGGUGUAUGCAGUGCAGUGAUGCAGGUGGGUAUGCGCAUGCAGCUAGUGUGUAGGCAAUUGCAAUGACACACACAUUCAUUUAGUUUGGGAUCUAUUGCACUGCUGGCUCUCUGGAGUGUGCAAUAGAGAUUGCACAACUGUCAUGUGUUGGCAUGCUACAGUUCAUUCCUCUGAAUGUUGUGUGACAUGCAUUUAUCCAAUUAGCUGUCAAGGAUCUAUGUAUGUUAUGUAUAAAUUCUGAUGAUAGUGUUUUACAGUUCUCAGAUAUGUUACUUCUACUUUUCCAGAUGAUUUUUAUAUUUCUCACAUUCAUGAAUCUUUUGUUUUCUAUCAGUACAAACCUAUUUGCAAAAAAAGUUGAACACUCUUCAUUGCAUUAUGUGAUUUGAAAGAUGAAUGUCUUUCCACAUACAUGUAUUAAUAAAAAU